AUGGGCAGCAAAAACAAAACAGAUCUCCUUGUACCGGAUUGGUUCUGCGGUGGUAAUUCCUCACUGUGGGAGGACGACACAGAUCUCCAACAUGUCUGUCAUAUUGACGGGCUCAACUCCAUUCUUCAGGCGCUGUUCUUUAUCGUCUUUUCCUUAGUUCUUCUACUCCUGAAAUGUUGUUCACAUCGUCAAAAAUGGGUUACGGGAUAUUUACAAAGAUAUCCAUUGCAUGUGGCCCAGUGGAUCCUGAUGUUUCUCGCCUUCCUCCUCCAUCUCUUCGGUCUAGCAGAGGGUUGCCUGACAGACCAAACAUUCCGAACAAACACCCUUGGUGUUGUCGUUCCAACUCAACCUCAUCUGUACAUCCCCUCCAUCUGCGGACUCGUCAUGUCCAUCUUAGCUAUGGUGUACUAUCAUCACAUUGAGGUGUGGCAGGGUGUACACAUGCUGUGGCUCUUCCUGGUCUACUGGUGUUUCACUCUUGCCGGCGAGAUCAUUCAUCUACUGGCGCUUAUCGAGGUGCAACUCGGUUCGCUCACGGUGUUGCGUUUUGACUUGUGCGUGCUGAGUAUUGCGGUUUACUUUUGCCUCAUUGCAAUUCAAGUGAACAAUGUCCGGGUGAAGAUAUUCUGUUCUAAGCUCAGAGCGAGCGCGUCUUACAUCAACAGAACCCCUGAGGCGAUGAAAUUUGCCCAGAAAUAUUCCGGAUUUCCCUCCGAGGUAUCCUACUGGUGGCUCAACUGGUUGUUCCGGCUCGGCUACAAAAGACCUCUUGAACAAGCAGAUCUUGGGAGCUUGCCCGAGGAGCACGCCGCAAGUUACGUCCAUAAUAAUUUCAAAAAAGCCUAUCUUAGGGAAAAGGACCGAGCUAGAGUGGCGAAUUGUCAGCCGUCUUUAUGGAGAGUUUACUGGGAUGUACACGGUUGGAGAAUGGUGUUUGCGAUGGUGCUAAAACUGUCAGGGGAGAUGUGUACCUACGUGGGUCCCAUGGCCCUAAAUGGAAUCAUCAUCUGGGUGGGGCGAGUCAGGGAAGGAUCGCAGGAAGCCCAUGAACCGCACUUCAUCACCGUGCCAGAGUUUUUCAAACACGGUCUUGUUCUUGUAGGUAUAACGUUCAUAGUCGCCUGCAUCAGGACUUUAUUGAUGCAGACCUACGAAUACUGGUGUGCUGUUGUUGGAAUACACUUUCGCUCAUCCAUACAGACCAUGGUGUUUGAGAAGUCUCUACGCAUAUCGACCUUUGUGAUAUCAAAUGGCGAUAUGACCAUGGGACAGAUAGCCAAUCAUAUGUCAACAGACGCCAUCAAUAUCUUCUAUAUGGUUCAGUUCAUCUGUUGGAUGGUGACCGUACCGAUUCAGAUUGUCGUCACUAUGACGUUGUUGGUCUUCCAGUUGGGGAUAUCAGCUCUGCUUGGUGUGGUGGUAUUUUUCUUCAUUGUUCCUGUCCAGAUCAUCUUUGGACACUAUAUGGCCAGACUGGAGAAACAAGCCUUGAAUUUCUCAGAUGAUCGACUCAAGAUGUCUAACGAGGUUCUCCAAGGAAUCAAACUGCUCAAGAUGUACGGCUGGGAAGACCUCUUCGGGAAGGCUAUUGAGAAAAUCCGACGAUCGGAAAUAUGGAAUGUCAGCAAAAUGAUGGGAAGUUACGGAGUAAUUGGUUCGUUGACGGAGGCAGCCCCCCUCAUGGUGACACUUGUAUCUUUUGGAACGAUGUUACCUCUGACAGGCCAGAUCUUGACUCCAGACGUUGCUUUCUCCUCGCUGGCUCUCUUUAAUCUUCUCCAAGAUCCCCUCUUUCUCUUCCCAAUGACCUUGUUCAUGACGAUCAACGGAGCAAUCAGCACGGCACGCAUUGGGGCCUUCUUAGCGGCCCCGGAAGUUAAUAUGGAGACACUUACAGCAAUAGAGACCAAGAAAACGCACCUUGACUCGCAGAGCAAUGGAAGGCUUGAAAACAAUGGUAAUUGUUUCUCAGACGAGGGUCUUGAGGUGCCACUUCUGAAGACCACGUCGGACAAACUCGUGGACUCAGUCAUGUCUACAAGUCACGAGUCACAGUCACGUGGUACCUAUGGCUCUCUAUUGUCGUCAUCUAGUGUUGAGUAUGGCACGUGUCCGCAUCCACCUGAGCUGCCCAAUCACAUUGCGAUUCAGAUCGAGAAUGGUUCUUUUACGUGGGAUCCAGAAAGUUCCCAGCCAAUUCUUAAUGAUCUCAAUGUUACCAUACCAGCAGGGAAAUUGACAAUGAUUGUUGGCACUGUUGGAAGUGGAAAGUCUUCCUUUCUGUCUGCAAUCUUGGAAGAAAUGACCCUGCAAAAAGGAACCAUACAAAUCAACGGGAGCAGAAAGUCCAUUGCGUAUGCGAGUCAGAAAGCUUGGUUGCUAAACGCAUCCCUGAAGGAAAAUAUCUUAUUCGGCCAAGCCUUGAAUCAGCGUCGGUACAAUCGUGUCAUCUCAUCAUGCGCUCUUCAAGCCGAUAUCGAUAUCCUUCCAGCCGGAGAUCAGACUGAGAUCGGAGAAAAAGGAAUUAAUAUCAGCGGUGGACAGAAGCAACGAAUCAGUGUGGCUAGGGCCAUGUACUCGGAUAGAGAUAUCAUACUGUUGGAUGACCCGUUGUCAGCUCUUGACGUCCACGUCGGAAAACACCUGUUUGAUAACGGCAUUAUGAACAAGUUACGCAAGAAGAAGAAGACCAUCGUUUUGGUGACACAUCAACUUCAGUAUUUGUCACAAGCAGACAAGAUUUUAUUAAUGAGAGACGGUGCAAUAGCCCAUGAGGGAACACUGGAAGACAUAGCGGCAGCUGAGCCUGAUUUAUACAGCGGUUAUGAGACGGCGGUCAGGAGGAUGACAGAGUCUGAAGGGGAGACAGACAAGGAGUCAAGGACACAUGAACUGAUUAGGAUCAAGAGACAGAUAUCUCGACAACAAUCGGUCAUUGGAGAGGAACAGACAGCAGAAACUUGUGAUGAGCGGGGGAGUCUUAUAUCACGGGAGGAAAUAGAACGAGGGUCGGUGUCUCUAAAAGUGUAUUUCUUCUACGCCAAAGCAAUUGGCCUCCCUAUGGCCCUGGCCAUUCUGCUGCUCUACCCAUUACAGGCUGGUAUCAUCGCUGGGAGCAACUACUGGCUCUCGGAGUGGUCCAAUGCUGGACUUACGCAAGGAAACGCAACAGACUCGGUUUACUACAUCAAGGUCUAUGCAUUUAUCUCAGUGGCAGGAAUGCUUAACUCCUUCAUCACAACGUUAUCCACAGUCAUUGGUCUAGUCAUUGCUGCUAGGAAACUGUUCUAUCUCAUGCUCAGGAAUAUUAUACACAUGCCCAUGAGGUUCUUUGAUACAACACCUUUGGGUCGCAUCAUCAAUAGAUUCUCUGCUGACACACAAAUUAUUGACAUGAAACUGGUGCUAUCGUUCGAUACCAUAUUGUUCUUUUUGAUGGCCAUCGUAGCAGCGCUAGUUAUCAAUACCAUCAUAAAUCCACUCUUCCUGGCCAUUAUUCUACCUCUUCUCGUCUUCUACUACAUGAUCCAGAAAAUAUUCAUCACAGCCUCAAGGGAACUUCAGAGGUUAGACAGCAUCUCCAAAUCUCCAAUAUUUUCCUUCUUCUCUGAAACUCUUGGUGGAUUGUCGACAAUCAGAGCUUAUCGCAAACAACAGUCUUUCUUUGAUGAUAUUGUUAAGCGAGUGUCUGCCAAUAACACACCGUACUUGUAUCUUCAGACAAGUUUGAGAUGGCUUGCCGUUAGACUGGAUUUCGUCGGUGCUUUGGUGGUUCUCAUCGCUGGACUGACUACGGUGCUGGGAUCCAUCUAUGGCUCUGUUGACUCUAGCUUGGUGGGACUGGGGAUAAGUUAUGCUCUCAUGGUAUCUGUGUAUCUUCAGCAGCUAGUAAGAUACAUGGCAGAAGCUGAGAUGCAGAUGAAUGCAGUGGAGCGAGUCAAACAUUAUACAGCUCUCACUCCAGAAUCAUAUGAAGGGAUUGAACCGCCGUACGAUUGGCCAUCUAAAGGAGCGAUCUCUAUCCAGAACAUCUCGGUCCGAUAUGCUGAGGAGCUUGAUGCAGUCCUCAAGGAUGUAUCAGUCGAGAUAGAGGCAGGGAAGAAGGUUGGUAUCUGUGGUCGAACUGGAAGUGGCAAAUCCUCCCUUACGGCUGCUCUCUUCCGCAUCAUAGACACAUUCAAAGGUUGUAUAAUAAUCGAUGGUGUAGAUAUAGCCAGCGUGCCGUUAACCACUCUAAGGAGACGUCUUGCCAUCAUACCUCAAGAUCCUGUUCUCUUUGACGGCACAAUCAGAAUGAAUCUUGAUCCAGAGUUUAAAAGAUCUGAAGAGGAACUCUGGCACGCACUAGAAAUCUCACAACUCAAGAAUCUUGUCAUGCAAAUGGAUGGAGGUCUAGAUUCCCAAGUCUCAGAAGGAGGAGAGAACUUCAGUGUUGGUCAGCGCCAGUUAUUCUGUCUGGCCCGUGCUUUCCUUCGUAAUGCUCACAUCCUUAUCAUGGAUGAAGCCACAGCUUCCAUUGACGUAGAAACUGACCGAAUACUGCAGGAGGUUGUGGCUACUGCUUUUGUCAAUAAAACCGUUCUCACCAUUGCUCACCGUGUGGCAACAAUCUUGAACUCUGAUGUCAUUUUGACCUUGAGUCAGGGAGAGGUCAUUGAGAAUGACACGCCCGAGAAUCUCCUAGCCAAUCCGGACAGUAUGUUUGGAUCUCUCGUUAACUCCAACCAAUAAGAGACGGACAUUUCGGAUUGAGAUUAUCAGUCCAUUUACUGCCACAUUUGCUCCAAAAAUUGAAGCUCACCCGACCCGAAAAUAAACACCAAGUAAAAAAGUUACAAACAUAUAUGGAAGGACA